CAUUUUUUGUUCUUAUUUUUUGCGCAGGACCCAUCAGCUACCUCGAUGCUGUUCCCUUCAAGAUUAAUGAUAAAUUCCGCUGUCCAGCCAGAGUGGGGCUUCCUGUUGGUUUCUGCAUGCCAGAUUAUGGCUCUGUAUGUGCAGACACACAGUAUGACUUUACGCUGGAGAGGCGUAGUGUGCGCUGGGGAAUAGAGCUUGCGGAGGCCAGAGCAGCAGAAGCAAGAGCAGAUGAGGCUGCAGCCAAGAAGGAUGCAGAGAGCAGGGAGUCUAUGGUCCGGGCCCACGACACUGAUACUGGUGGAGGGAAGAAACCCCGGUCAGUUGCAGAGGAUCAGGACAUUCCACCACCAGCAAUGAACCCUGUCCUGGCAGGGCUGAGCCACAAUGCUAUCCUCACACCACUGCCUGCCCCAAGCCUUGGCCCCAGGAAAACCCAGCCAAGCACUCCUCAGCCACACAGCCUCAAUCUAGCUGAUUUUGAGCGAGAAGAAGACCCCUUCGACAAGCUCGAACUUAAAACUUUGGACGAUAGAGAAGAACUAAGGAGCAUCCUCCAGAGCCAGCCUCAACCCCAGCCACUUCCCUCUGUAUCCCCACCAGAGGCCUCUCAACAAGGGCCAGCAUCUCGUGGAAACAGCCCAUCUCCACCCAGCACCAACACCAGCCUGCCAGCAAAACCAGGCUUUGCCCACAAACCCAACGGGUUGGUUGCCUUGCUGGAUAUGGACAGAGUUGGGAAUUCUGGAAGAGUAGGGUUUGACACAGACGAUCGACCUUGUAACAUCCGCUCUCUGACUUUUCCUAAGCUCUCUGAUUCUGGUGACCCAGAGCCAGGGAGAUACAGUCAACUCCCUGCACCCAUUCCUCUAGCCCGACAGAGCCUACCGAAUGGCAGCCCGCCGACUUUACCAAAAACACAAGUUAUCGCUGCACCUGAGCCGCUGAGUCACAACAAGAGUGCAGCAUCAAAGCUGACCCUCCCAGGGUCGGGAUCUUCUGGCCUGCCUUGUGGCGGAGCCCUCCUCAGCAUGACACCCAGCGAACGUCAGUGUGUGGAAACACUUGUUGGCAUGGGCUACUCUUAUGAGGGAGUCCUACGGGCCAUGCAGAGACAGGGGCAGAAUGUGGAGCAGGUACUUGACUAUUUGUUUGUCCAUGGCCGCCUGUGUGAGCGAGGCUUUGAUGCCUCUGCAGUGGAAGAAUGUUUAGAGAUGUACCAGUGUUCAGAAGAAAAGGCCUUGCAGUUUCUUGAGCUCAUGUCAAGAUUUGGUGAAAUGGGAUUUGAACGAGAUGCCAUCAAAGAAGUGCUGCUAGUCCACAACAAUGAUCAGGAGAAGGCUCUGGAGGAUCUGAUGGCCCGUGCCACAGCUAGCUGAGUCAAGCCACUCAGCUUACCAAAGCUGUACCCAGGGCAUGCUUCCUGCUACCACCCAACAGCCCCCUUUCCCUCUGCCUACCUUGUUGCACCAUGCCCUGCCCUUGCCUUGGCUGUGGAAGGGACAGCUAGGACUUGUAUUUCAAUGCUAAAAGAUAUUGUGAGCUGAAAAGGAACUGAAAGAUUUGGGCUCUCAUUCUGAUGCCAUUGUGAUUUUCUUCUACGUGGAAGUAUUUAUGGGGGCAGAUAAAACUGCAGAACAGAGUACAGUGUGACGGGCUCAAGUGUGACUUUUGGCAACUCAAAAACAACUACGCUGCCAUCUUCCACUGCUUAUUGCAGACAUAUACAAUGGUGAUGGAGAUAUGUGGCCUAGCAGAGGCUCCCUCAAACGGAACAAUCUUAAUUUAUGAGAAAAACUCAAGGCACAGUCAUCAGAAGGCUGACUGAAGAAGUGCCCUCUGAGCAGUUGUGCCCUGCACCUGUUUCUGUUCUACUUUAUGCUUUCAUUUAUUCAUGUCUUGGUUUUCUGUUCAUUUGGGCACUUUUUCAUGUCAGUUUUAAAAUGACAUUACUUUGCUUUCUGUUUUAGGAAUUGCAUAAUAUAUCUUUACCAAUUAUAAUUCAGAACGUAAGAGUACCACUGCCCAAUUGUACUCUUUUUCCUGCACUGGAAUAGCCUGCUACAGUGGGGAGAGAUGGGAAAAAUUCCUUUGGGGGAAAUUUACAAAUGACCCAUGACCCAUUGUCACUGACGUGUCACAUACUGCACAGGCACACAUUUCAUAAUUCGCAUCUUAUUUAAAAUAAUACACUGACACUUUUAUUUUGGAUUAUAGAGAGUUUGAUUUAACAAUGUAACCUAUAUUGACUUACAAAUGUGAUACUAUACGUUGUGAUGAGCAUUUGUUUGCAGACUGGAAAAGAGUGAAGGUUGUCUUUGCAGCCACAUCACAGUGCAAUAGAGACAUUUCAUGUUGGAUGACUGUUGACUGGCACUUUGAGCCUCAAAUAAUUGCUGAGAGAAAAGGAAUAGUCCUCAAGC